CCUCGGCUGAUUUGGUCGAAUUCAUACGGAGCCCGCGCUUGUAUACAUCCCCUCCCUUACGUGCUCUUAGGCGCGGCCAUAGAUAUCCGGACACACGGCACACGCAUCUGCUACAUCUAGCCUGCCCUCUCUUCCUUUCAACUUAGCAUCGCAUUUGUAUUGCACCCUCUCAUGAUGGCGCGCCUUCCUUGGUACGGCAUCUUUUUCGCCAUCGUCUCGGCGGUUUUCUCCUUGCUCGUCGUCCUCUCCGGCGUUGCCGGCUCGGCUCCUUUGUUCUUUCUACAGUUCAACACCAGUAAUUACCGCGGGCCGCCGAGCGGGUCGCAGUUGGGCACCUCCCAAUUCCUCCAGGGUCUGACCACCGUCUCUGGUAACGACCUUGUCGGCUCCGGCAGUGGCCAGAACGCCCACUUCGCGCAGCGGUAUCAGGUCACGCUCCUGUCGGUAUGCCAGACCGACAAUGGACGCACCACGUGCUCCCCGCCGAAAUUCGGCUAUACUUUUGAUGUCCAGCAGGCAUUCCAGCUGCGGGACGACAUGUUUGGCGGCGUGGACAUGACGUCCUUCUGGAGACAGACGGCCGCGUACCGGCCAGUCUCCCUCUUCCUGGCCAUCGCUUACGUCCUCGGCACCGUCUUCACACUCGUCUCGCUCGUGAUGAUGUUCCUGACGGCGUGUGUCCCCAAGGGCGCCUCGCUGGUCGCCUGCUUCACGCAGACCCUGGCAGCCGUCCUCCUCCUCGCAGCAUCGAUCGCCUCGGCCGUGACCUUCUACCGGCUCGGCGACACCUACAACGCCACGCUUGGCCGGGUCGGCAUCCAGACCGCCGUGAGCUGGCGGAUCAUGGUCAUCAGCUUCCUGGCCGCCGUCGAGUCCUGGCUCGUGCUCAUCUUCCUGCUCGGCCUCCGCAAGAGCAUCAAGCGCCGCUCUAACGCCGCCGCCCGGAGCAUGGCCGCCUCCAGCCCCAAGUCCAUCGGCAACACCACAAAGGUCUUUGUCGCCGGGUCCGGACAGGCCUCCCCAUCAGUCAUGUCAGGCGGCGCGGCGAGGUCCGGGUACCGGGGAACUUCCACCUUUGGCGGCCUGCUUCAGAAGAUGCCCACGUGGAAGGGCAACCAGCAGAAGUACACCGAGAUUAACAGGCAGUCUGGUGCCAUGGCUCAGACAUCCGCCUACAACAACAGCCCCAGGGGCGGUCUCAUGGCGGCGAACGAGGAGGAAGACUUCUCGCACGGCAUGCCUGACGAUGUCUCCCAGGGUGCUAUGGGCUACAACCAGCGAGACCCGGCCGCCAGGUAUGACGACCCGUCGGCCUCACAGGCGACGAAGACGGGGCUCCAUGCCGAGACUGCCUACGAUCCGUACCGCAAGUAGGUAGAUGUGGUGUGGCGAUGAUACCCUGAUGAGUUACGAGUUCGUGGGCAGGUGGCGGCGAGGGUGGGGCGAAAACACUGUGGCCGGGGGCAGGCUAGGUGUUCUUUGUGUUGUGCGAGUCUUGAGCGGCGGUGGCCAUGACAAAGUGGGUUGAGGGUAGUAGACUAGUAGAAGUAGAUAUUGCCGAAGGGACGGUUUCGUUGUCGAAUAUGCAUUGAUUUCCUGGGGAUUGGCAGACAUGGGGGCGUUCCGGAGUAUGUAACAUGAAGCGCUAUCAUCAACAAUGCAGAUUGGUAUUCUCUAGCGCAGGUAUCGCGAGGAAGAUGUGAAGUUAAGUUG